GGAUUUUAUCAUUUAAGUUAGGGACUUAUUUUGGGAAAAAUAUUAUUUAGGGCUUAAUAGUGAAAAUUUUUGAAACUUGAGGGACUUAAAAGAUGAAACUUUGGAUAAGGACCAGCUAAUAUUUUUUCUGCUUUUCCUCUUUCUUCUCAACCAUUUACGUGUUUUGCUCUUCUUUUUCAUCCCCGGCAGCUCCCGAAAAGAACACCAAAGCCACCGACCCACACCACCCUUUGAAAAACCGGUUAGAAAACUUGGUUUUUGCCUUUCUUUUCUUGUUCAAGAACCAGAUUUGGAGCUUAGAAAUCUUCCCCCCUGCAGGAAUUUUCGGAUCUGCUCUGCUCUGUUCCUUACCGUCGGUUGCUCUUGCUUAUGGGUGCGAAUUUCUCUGAUUUUUGGAUUCCCGAAUUUCCCCUGCAUUGCCGCCGGCCUUCCCUUAGCUUGCAGCUCCGGUUUGCUUGCUGGAAUUCUGGUAAGUGGCAGCUCCAUUUAAUAUUUAGACCAUGAUUUAGCUUAAUUCAUGUAGAAAAUUAGUUAAUUAGUUGCUGUUGUGAUUUUGGAGAAAAAAUCCCGUGAAUUAGCUAUUGUUUUGCCAAUUUAUGGGAGUGCAGUACUGUUUACGACGUGAUAACUGUUCACGGAUACUGUUCACGCACUGAUGGCCAACAAUUAACGGGGAUUAAAUGUUUAGUUUAUAAUAUAAGAACAAAUUUACCAACGAGGGUUGAAUCAAGUGGCAAGCGGCUUGUUCCAGCUUAAUCAUCUCGAGUUUGAAACUUUGUGUACGCAGCAGCCUUCGUUGGGAGAUCCACCCACCAUUUUGGUGUGCCACAACUGGUCGAGUUUGGAGUAGUCGGGGCGAAGCCCCGGAUACCGGGCGGGAAACAAAAAAAAAAAUAAUAAUAUAAGAACAAAUUUAAAAAUGUUCGGUCAUAUGGAGACUAAUAAAAAUAGUAUCGUGAUUAGAGGUGAUCCUAAUGAAGAUUUCACUUGAAUUUGUGGUAGUGCGAUAUUAAUUUUGGAAUAUUUUGAUUAGGUUCUUGAUCAUUGGUUGCCUUAGCACUUGGAUUGAGUCCUCGAUUUAUGCAAUUGAGGAAACGAAGUCAAAGGCGGGAAAAAACGAGAUGAGUGAUGAGCUAAAAGGCUAGCCAUCUUGUAAAUUGAGCAUAGAUUUCGAUAUAAAUCAUGAUAUUGUAAACUAGACUUUAUUGGAGAUUUAUGAUAUUAGAGCAAAUUAUAAAAUUUGAUCUUCAGAUUUUGAUGGUAUCAGAUUGUGUCAUGAUAAGUUUUGAGCCUUGUGUAUUUAUGGGACCCUUUCACAAGUGUACUACAUCUGCCACGUCCUUGGAUUCGGGUUUUGAGGCGUGUUAUAAAAUCUCAAUCAUUCAUCUUUUCAUUUUUAAUGGUAAAGAUUUACAUUUAUUGAAAAUAAUUAUCUUUUUAUUUA